CGUGAAUGAGACACACUGAAUAAGUGCCAUUUACCGGCACAGAAACUCCGAGAGACAGGGUGUCGUUGUUAUUGCUUAUAGGAUGCAGCUAGGAGAAGGGCAACUGGAUGGCACUCCCAGUAACCUACCGAAAGCGCUUUACCAUUCGUCAGAAGAGAGUAACAAAAACAGUCUUAGCUCAACACAGAUAGAUUUUCAAGGAGUUAAUCGGCCAGCCUCUCAACUUAAGCACGGAGCGAAAAAGUUAUUAUCCGAAACUGAAAACGACGAGAUGCUUGGGGAGGGACACAGCGAUGCUCUCUCAUUGUCGAAGGGCUCUAGCGAAGAUAGAAAAAGUUCUCUGGCAACGGAGGAAGAAGACCCAUCCGACAACAGCAGGCAUACCAUAGACGGAAUAAGUCCUGAUCGUUAUUUUAUCUCGGCGUCUUCACACCAAACACAAGACAUGAAUCCCUGUUCGCUGUUUCCUUACCCGGGCCAAGCGGGAACAAUUUACACAGGCUCCGAUGGGGCAAGGUAUUCAGCGUCGUUGCACUACAAUCCCGUCCUUCCAUCCACGGGCUUUUCGUCUCCUGUCUGCUCUGGACGUGGACAGUGCGGUUCAGGCUACCAGUUCGGACAGGGUCCUGGUUGUAUUUAUCCAUCCUAUCAAGGAAGUGGACCCGGCAUCAGUUCUAUGCCACUCUCGGGUGCAGGCACCGGUCUGAGGUCUCAAGUGUAUCUCUGCAAUCGUCCUCUCUGGCUGAAGUUUCACCGACACCAGACGGAGAUGAUCAUUACCAAACAGGGCAGGCGGAUGUUUCCCUUUUUGAGUUUUAAUAUCACGGGUUUAAGGCUGAACGCACAUUACAAUGUUUUCGUGGAGGUCGUUUUGGCCGAUCCAAACCACUGGAGAUUUCAAGGGGGCAAAUGGGUAACAUGCGGAAAGGCAGAUAAUAACAUGCAAGGAAACAAGGUGUAUGUUCAUCCGGAAUCUCCUAAUACGGGAGCUCACUGGAUGAGACAAGAAAUCUCAUUUGGCAAACUUAAACUGACUAAUAACAAGGGAGCGAGCAGCAGCAAUUCUCAGAUGAUUGUCCUUCAGUCCCUUCACAAGUAUCAGCCAAGACUUCAUAUUGUGGAGGUUGGAGAGGAUGGAGUGGAAGAUUUAAAUCGCGAAUCAAAGACCCAGACCUUCACCUUCCCUGAGAACCAGUUUAUUGCUGUUACUGCAUAUCAGAACACUGAUAUUACACAAUUGAAGAUUGACCACAAUCCAUUUGCAAAAGGGUUCAGGGAUAAUUAUGAUUCGAUGUACACCGCCCCAGAGGGGGAAAGGUUUACUCCAUCUCCUACGGACUCCCCUCGCUCCCACCAGAUCGUGCCCGGUGCACGCUACGCCAUGCAGCCCUUCCUCCAGGAGCAGCUGGUGAACAACCAGGGCCGCUUCUACAACAGCGAACGGACAGUGCCACAGGCCAACGGUCUGCUCUCCCCGCAGCAGGCCGAGGAUGUGGCCUCUGCGCAGAGAUGGUUUGUCACUCCCAUGCAGCAGGCAAGCACUAACAAGCUGGACCUGAGCUCGUACGAGGGGGACUACUCCAGCGGCCUGCUCUCUUACGGCAUCAAGCCUUUGCCUCUGCCGACGUCGCACUCUUUCGGUUACUACUCGGACUCUGCCUUCACGUCGGUGGCAGCCGGGUGGGGGUCGCGCGGUGCUUACCAAAGGAAGAUGACCACGGGCCUGCCCUGGUCACCCAAGCCGAGUCCGACUGGUUUCACAGGUGACCAAAUGUGCGAGAAGGACAAAAUGAGAGAGGAUGGCUCCUCCUCAGGUGCGCAGACCCCAGCGUGGCUGGAGACGCCCUCGUCCCUGAAGCCUCUGGAUGCAGUGGAUCCGGGGGUUUACUCCAUAGGGUGCAAGCGCAGACGGACCUCCCCGGGGGAGUCCAGCAUGGAGGGCUCUCCAACAGUAAAGAGCGAGGACUUGAACACCCCAGACAACAUGGGCAGAGAGACUUCUUCCAAAGGCAUGGGCUAUUAUGCCUUCUAUACAAGUCCCUGAAAUGCUUUAAAGGUUUCUUUAGUCUUUGGUGAGAUGAUUUUUCCCAUUUUAUUAUUGUGCUAUCACGUGUAUUAGUAUAAGUUUUGUACUAUGUGCAGCUGUCUUCAAACUCAGCAAAUCCAAAGCCUCUGAAGAUGCUUCUUGCAAACUGUGAUGAAAUACAUUACACUUCAUAUGUCCAAGUACAUGAUUAGAACGUGUUAUAUCACCCCAGCAUGUCCUAUGCUAUGAAUAUAUUUUUACUGAUAGGAUUUUUAUUUAUAUGACUUAAUUCUGUACAAUAUUUGUGCAUUGUGAGAUGAGGUGUCUUACACAUCUUCUUUAAUUGUUUGUGUAUCAAAGUGUGAAAUGACCGGUAAUAAAAAGUCCCAUGUGCUUUUAAAAA